AGGUCUUAAAUGAUGAUUUUGACGAAGACCACGACGAGAUGGUGGUAGUGAAAGACAUCGAGAUGUUCUCCAUGUGCGAGCAUCACUUAGUGCCGUUCUACGGAAAAGUCUCUAUCGGAUAUUUACCCUCCGGUAAAGUGCUAGGUCUAAGUAAAUUGGCUAGGAUCGUGGAAAUCUUUUCCAGGCGACUUCAAGUGCAAGAAAGACUCACCAAACAGAUUGCUGUGGCAGUUUUAAAGGCGGUUCAGCCUAAUGGUGUAGCCGUGAUUAUAGAGGGAACGUAAGUGGUG